AUGGCGAAGCUGGAGAUUCUGGUUCUUGUUGCUGUUGCUGUAUUCCUGGAGACGGUCUCUGCGACCUCUCUGGGGGUGGUGACCACAGAGGGAGGAAGGGUGCAGGGCGAGAACUUUAGCGUUGGGUACCGUCGUUAUGUUGAUCGCUUCAGGGGGAUUCCCUUUGCUGCUCCUCCCAAGAGGUUCGAGAAACCUCAGCGUCACCCUGGCUGGGAUGGUACAUUGAAGGCUACGGCAUUCGCGAGGAGAUGCCUUCAGUUGAACCUUCUCCAGAUUGACACAAUGGGCGAUGAAGACUGUCUCUACCUUAACAUCUGGGUUCCUCAUGGCACUACAGUGUCCACCAAUCUGCCCGUCAUGGUCUGGAUCUAUGGAGGUGCCUUCCUGCUUGGAGGGUCAAUGGGUGCCAACUUCUUGGAUAUCUAUCUGUACGACGGGCAGGAGCUUGCAGACAGAGGAAAUGUUAUCGUGGUGACACUGGGCUACCGUGUGGGAUCUCUGGGCUUCCUGAGUACAGGAGACUCCAGCAUGCCCGGAAAUUAUGGUCUGUGGGACCAGCAGGCUGCCAUUGCCUGGGUUUACAGGAACAUUCGUGCAUUUGGAGGAAAUCCCAGCAACAUCACUGUCUUUGGAGAGUCUGCAGGAGGAGCUAGUGUUAGCUUCCAGACUUUGACUCCUCACAACAAAGGAAUGAUCCGCAGAGCCAUCUCCCAGAGUGGCGUCGCCCUCUGUCCGUGGGCGGUUAACAGAAACCCCCGCGAGUAUGCAGAGCAGGUUGCUCGCAAGGUCAACUGUCCCACCGAUAGCAGAAUGGCAGCCUGUUUGAAGAUGGCUGAUCCAAAGGCCCUGACAUUGGCAGGCUCGAUCGACAUUAUCAGUUCCCCAGACAAGCCCAUUGUGAACAACUUGGUCCUGGCUGCCACCAUCGACGGCGACUUCCUGCCGGAUGAGCCUCAGAACUUGUUCCACAACGCAGCAGCGAUCGACUACAUCGCUGGAGCCAACGACAUGGACGGACAUCUUUUCAUUGCCUUAGAUGUUCCCUCCAUCAACUCUCAGCUGGUGGACACUGACCCUAAUGACGUGAAGAGAGUGCUGGCUGCUUUCACGAAGGAGAAGGGCAGUAUUGGUGCCACUAAGGCGUACUCCACCUACACCUCACACUGGGGAAGCAAUCCCAGCAGGGAGACCAUCAAGAAAACUGUCGUGGCCAUUGGAACAGACUACACCUUCCUGAUUCCUACUCAGACUGCUCUUUAUCUUCACGCUGAAGCAGCCACAACUGGACGCACAUACUCCUAUCUCUUUUCUGAGCCCAACCGUAUGGGCGGUCUUCUCUCGCCGUACCCCAGCUGGAUGGGAGCCGAUCACACUGACGACUUGCAGUUUGUGUUCGGAAAGCCUUUCUCCACACCACUGGGAUACUGGGACAGCCACCGCAACCUCUCCGGCUACAUGAUUGCCUACUGGACCAACUUUGCCAAAACUGGGGACCCCAACAGUGGAGGCCUGAGUGUGCCUGUCACUUGGCCCAGAUUCAACAGCAACACACACCAGUUCUUGGAACUCAAUCAUGAUACAAACUCGAAGUCUGUUGGAAAUCAGCAGAGGCUGACCUAUGUGCAAUUCUGGACCCGCGACCUGCAAAGCCUGCCCACAGUCGCCUCAGAAUAA